CCAGCCCAAGAAAGCUCAGAUAGACACCUUGAAGCCGGUGAGCGAGGGGAGUCCACGCCCCUCUCCGGCCAUCAUGGUCAUUCGCAUCAUGGGCUGCUGCGUUGUUCUCAUCCUCACAGGAUUCACACUCAUCGUCUUCUUAACCUCCGGCACGGCGUACCCCGACGUGGUGGCCCAGAUCUUCUCCGAGUUCUCCAUUAUGGGCGCCUACACCUGCGUCCUCAUGACGACGACGGACCAGCGGCAGUUGACCGAGAAGCAGUGCAUGGUGGCGGCCGUGUGCCUGCAGUUCUUCUUCCUGAGCACUUUCCUGUUCCUGAUGCUGGAGUCGGCGUACAUGGCCAAGCUGCUCGUCGGCAUGUUCCCGGAGUCCCUGCCCUUCAACAGUGCAUCCGUCAGUGGCGCCGGCUGGGGCGUUCCAGCCAUCAUCACGGGCCUUUUCGCGUGGGCAUUUCCAGACAAGUACACCCGCGGAGGGCAGGUCUGCUGGCUGGACCUGUCCCAGGUGGCCUCGUACUCGACCACGGUUCCGGUCGGCCUGUUCGUCGCCCUCCAGCUCGUCUUCCUCGCGUCCGUGUUCUUCUCCGCCCGACGACGGCGGGCGCUCACCUGCCACGAGUUCCGGAGGGCCAGGACCCAACUGGCCUCCAAGUGGGCCUCGCUGAUCCUGCUUGCGAGCACCACGCUCUCCUGGGCAACGGGCGCCGCCGCCGAGCAGCACAAGACCAGGGGUCUCUUCGUCUGCUUCUCCGUGUCCAGCAUCAUGCUCGGCGUCUUCGUCAUCACCCUCAGGAUCAGCACCGAGGACCAGGUCCGAAAGAAGCUGAUGACCAAAGUUGGACUCACAACGGCCGUGAGGGACAUUUCCAGCGGCUCGUCGGUGCAGACGUGGUCUCGGAGCAGCCCGACCGAGAGCGACGCCAGCCGUGCCAACACGGCAUCCACGCUCACGAGUCCCGCAGACUCGUACCAGAACGUCAAGAUCUUCAGGAACUAGCCUCGGGCUGGCUUCGUCCGGAACAUCCAGUCGGCCGGACAAUGGCAGAACUGUGAUUUCUAGCCGCCUUUGGACUGCAUGCGUGCGAACAACUCUGACUGGAACGGACCAAACAAACGCAAAACGGAGUGGUGAAAGUUUCGACGAGCCUUCAGAAUGUGCCACGUGAUCGAAUAGCGUCACACGACCAAGCAGAUAUCACUUUAGCCAACUUCAAGUUGAAGAGGCUCCUACCUAUCGUGGCUCGAUAGCCACGAUAUGCCUCGAAGGGGGUCGAAUACGUUCCGCUGUAAAUAGAAACGCGUGCGUGUCGGAGAAAGCGACUUUCCAAACUUGGUGCGCUGAAAGAUAGGGAAAGUGCCGAGUCGCGUUUAUUUGUGCGGUUCUUCGGACGGGUGCACAGAUGAAGUCAAGAACUGCUCCGCCGAUAAAGCAAAACUACCAUGCAUCCGCCUAUUUUUUUCUUUAUUUUUUUUAGUUUCAAUCUUUUUAAACAAGGACUUUGAUCGCAAUUAAGAACAACUCAAACACAGCCCAUGUUUCAGUAGUUGGAUAGAACCCCAUUCAUUUUUUGUUAAUAUCGAUAUUAUCAUCUUACAGACGCAAAACAAAUCCUAAAAAUUGUCACACAAAAAUAAUCAUUUAGCGACGAAUUUUACCAUCCACACGUGUCACACUUGGACCGUAUGGCACAAAGCCCCGUUUGCAGAACUCAUAUUCAUAGGGAAACGUCAAUCAGUCGAUCCAUUUAUUUAGACGAGGGAAAACGCUCUUUUUCGAAGCACGUUCAGUGUCAAAAACGAAAACCAGUCGCUGUAGAAGGCAGCGAGGUCCAUCAUGUACUAUGCUAAAAAGCUGUGGAACUUUAUGACAAAGAGCUUUAUGACAACAAAUACUAUCCAUCGGCAAACUAUCGUGCAACAUUGACUCUACAUCGAGCGUGUUUCAAAAUCUCCAUGUGGCACACACCCGGGGUGAAAAAGAAAAAAAAAGUGAGACUGUCUCUUUUUAGACAUUCUACGAUAAAUUCGAACAUAACUGGCGCUCGAACAUUAGUA